AUGCCUUCUUAUUAUCUUCCCUACCACUCACAUUCUCAGAAUUCCAUAUAUCUACACUUUCAGUUGCAGGGUAUCUAUCUCCACUUAUAUAUACAUAUUUACAAAAUGGGUCUGAAGAAGGAAAUGACAGAAGAAAUCCCAGCUUUAAAUCUUAAAGUAUGGCACCUUAUAGCAAUAUUCGUAGCAUUAUCUAUCGUUAUUGUUCUUUCAUUACUUUGGUGUUACACCUUUUCAAAAAAGAAAUCCAAGAACAUAAAAGACAGGAGGCUUCCAAUUACUCAAAAGCCAACUGUCGUAUCAGCAGAGAUCAAAGACAUAAGAGUUGACCAAAAUUCAGCUAACACAUUAACAGGCCAAGACGCAAAUCCAAAUUCUCACACUUUGUGGGACAAGUUCAGUGACAAAGAUAAAGAUUCAGACAAGCUUUUAACACGUCCAAGUGUUGAUAAGAGUAAAUUCGGUGAUAACAGCAGUCAAUCGGGAUCUUUUAAUCAUUUAGAUAAAGAAGAAAUGGGUCUUGAUUCAGGUGAAAAGGGAAGAUCUUCUUCACAUCCCAUGAGUGGUUCUUCUCCAUUAUCUGGUUUACCUGAGUUUUCUCACCUUGGUUGGGGUCAUUGGUUUACUUUGAGGGAUUUAGAGGUUGCAACAAAUCGGUUUUCAAAAGAUAAUGUCGUUGGUGAAGGUGGGUAUGGGGUUGUGUAUCGUGGUCAUCUUGUUAAUGGGUCUCCUGUUGCUAUCAAGAAGAUUCUCAAUAACGUAGGACAAGCAGAAAAGGAGUUUAGAGUUGAAGUUGAAGCAAUUGGUCAUGUUCGCCAUAAAAAUUUAGUCAGACUCCUUGGCUAUUGCAUUGAAGGAACCCACCGGUUGUUGGUUUACGAGUAUGUGAACAAUGGUAAUUUAGAGCAAUGGCUUCAUGGGGCGAUGCGACAGCAUGGAUAUCUUACUUGGGAGGCUCGUAUGAAAGUUAUUCUUGGGACUGCAAAGGCCCUGUCAUACUUACACGAAGCGAUCGAGCCGAAAGUGGUGCACCGAGAUAUCAAAUCCAGCAAUAUACUUUUAGACGAUGAAUUCAAUGCUAAAUUGUCGGAUUUUGGACUUGCCAAGUUAUUGGGUGCUGGGAAAAGUCAUAUCACAACCAGAGUGAUGGGUACUUUCGGGUAUGUAGCUCCAGAGUAUGCAAAUAGCGGGCUUUUGAAUGAGAAGAGUGAUGUUUAUAGUUUUGGGGUUUUACUUUUGGAAGCGAUUACAGGAAGAGAUCCAGUAGACUAUGGUCGUCCAGCAGAUGAGGUGAAUUUGGUGGAUUGGUUGAAAAUGAUGGUGGGAAACAGGAGGUCAGAAGAGGUGGUUGACCCUAAUAUUGGUACCAGACCAUCAAGAACCGCGCUUAAACGGGCUCUUUUGACCGCUUUGAGAUGUGUUGACCCUGAUUCUGAGAAGAGACUUACAAUGGGCGAGGUCGUGCGCAUGCUUGAAUCUGAAGACUAUCCCUUAACACGACAGGGGCGAAGGCGGCGUAGGAGUCAAGCAAAUGCUCAAGAACCGGAGUCACAGACUGAGAACUCGGAUGCAGAAAAGGGUACCAAAUAAAACUUUGAAGCCAUUUGCGGAAGCUCACAAGUACAAAAAUUAUGGAAAACGCAGAAGAACAUGAUUCAUAAAUUGAAACCUAAUACAAAACACACGUCCUUUUGUGUCAUUUUACGUGUAGAUGUCGUUGGAGAGAUUGAUUUGUGUAUGAAGAAGAAAAUCAGAUUUAAAAGAUUUACUUGUUUGUGUGUGUACAGUUUCAUUGUAUUGGUGUGAUCAAUAUUAGAUUGGCAUGACCAUAGUUUUUUGUAGUAUGAUUUUUGAUGCAAUAUUUCCUUCUGCCAACAAAGAUUAAUGGAUUUCUUUAUACAAUAUAAAUUUCAUUCUAUUAUUUUAUAUGGAUAUGGA